UGGAGAUCUCCCGCCAGCUGCCCCCCAACGGGGACCCUAACUUCAAGCUCUUUGUCAUUCGAGGCUCUCCGCAGCAGAUAGAUCACGCCAAGCAGCUCAUCGAGGACAAGAUCGAGGUAUGCAGGGUUCCUGCUCAGGGGUCCCCUCUGCCCUGUUUGUCCAGGUCCUGGUGGACCAGGCCCCAUGGGUCCCUAUAAUCCUGGUCCCUACAACCCAGGACCCCCAGGAGCCCCUGGACCACAUGGAGGUCUUCAUGGAUACCCCCCACAGGGCUGGGGCAACACCUACCAGCAGUGGCAGCCCCAAGUAACCCACGACCCCAGCAAGGCAGCCGGUGCCGCGGACCCUAACGCAGCCUGGGCAGCCUAUUAUGGCCAGUACUACCAGGGAGGGCAGCCAGGGGGAGCAGGGCCCGGCCAGCCCCCCAACAACCCCACCGCUGGUGGCCCAGCACCUGGAGACCAGCCCCAGGCCAGCCAGACCCCUGGGGGCCAGCCUGACUACACCAAGGCCUGGGAGGAAUACUACAAGAAGAUGGGUGUUGCCCAGGCAGGAGGCUCUGCAGCAGGGCCAGGAGCAGCAGGUGCCCCAGCAGCCCCAGGUGGAGGCCAGCAGGACUACAGUGCAGCCUGGGCAGAGUACUACAGGCAGCAGGCUGCUUACUACGGCCAAACAGGACAGGCCCCAGGACAGCCUGCUACCCCUCAGCAAGGCCAGCAGACACAGUGAGAGGCUCGGCUGAGACUCAUAAAGAGCGAGAAUAAAGAAAGGCUACUACCACUUAACCCAACCAGUCAACAGAAUCCGGGCCAUUUAAAAAUAAAAAUUCUAUAUAUAUUUUUUGUUCUGAAGGGAUUCUGUGCUGGCAGUCCUUUCCCUGUCCCUCCCCUUUCCCCAUCCAACUCACCACUUGUUUAAAUACAUAUGCGAAGAGAACAAACUAUUGCUUUGCCUGUGAGCUGAAUAAUGGGAUGGAUUUCUAGGACUGUUAUCUUUCACUUUGGUUCCCUGAUAUCUUCCCUUGUUUUAUCUGUCAAUAAAAACAUGAACUUGGGAGAUUUGAACUCAACCAUGAAAGCCAGAUUUACUUCCAGAAAUGCUCAUCACUCCCCCAAUGAAAUCCCACUUUCCCCUUUUUUAAUUGUAUUUACCACAGCCAAACUGUCUAUUCAAGUGACUUACUUCUAGUCCUACACUACUAAUACUGCAUUUACUGAAAUUAACAUUGAUUUAUAAAGAUUACAAUCAAUUACGUUAAUGGUAAAAUGAUUAAGAGUGGGAGGUUUUGCUUUUAAAGGUGAUUAUUUGAAUUGCUUGGUAGUUUGAUUUCUCCUCCAUCUGGAACAUUCCCAUCGUUGCUUGGUCUUCAUACAUUUUGAGCUUUGGUUUUGAUUUUAUGUUCCGUGAAUUAUAUUUUUGUUUUCUCUGUGUGUGUGUGUGACUGUACAGUAUUUAGAAUGUGUCCCCACAAGUGAUGAUAAACGUGAGUGUCUGUAUGAGUGUGUUUGCACAGCGGAAGACUUCAGUGAUUGUGGAAUGCUAGUUAACAUAACCACGGGUAUAUCUACAGUGGGAAGUUACCUACUGCAUACAUCACAUAACAAUAGUCUGUUUAUCUCAACCUGUUGCACGGGAGACGAAUGGUGUUAGAAGUUUUAGUUUUCCUUGAUCUGUGACAUGGUCUUCUAUAUUGUAUGUUUUUGUUUUUUAUUUUUCAAUUGUUUUGAAUAAAGUUCCAAUAAAAGAUGUCCUGACCUCCCACCAGUUAGAUCACCUUCUGAUGGUCAUUGGGGUCAGGCGUUAUCCCUGCCCAGGGAAAAACCUUUGGCCAUAGUUAUAGGCUUUAUAUGGGGCUGGUUGCAAAAUUCAGGAACUUUCAAUAAAUUCCCUGAAAUACCAGUAGGAGGAUUCCCAGAAUCAGGAGGAAAUAAGCAGGAAAUCCAGAAUCCUCCAAUUUGAAUUUCUGGAAAACCAGGGAAUUUAUUGAAAGUUCACAGAAUUUUGCAACCCUAACUAGGGUCCCUGGUCAGGGAAAAACUCCUGGCCCUAUUCAGAGUGAGUUAAGGUUGCACUGGAAUAAGCUAUGGUUGAAGUCAUGAGUAAGAUGGCAAUUCAUAGUUGUUGAGGUUGCUAACCUCUGGGUUGUAUUCAUAAGGGACUAACAGACUGAAACAGGGAGGGACUACCUGGACUUGUCCAAUAAGUGCACAUUUUCUGUUGCAAAACGUUUUGGUACUGUGUGCCCAAAUGAACAUGACCCAGACAUGUUGAACCACUAAGUCUUGAUGAAGAAUGGCAGCUUGGGCACUGUAUUGGAGUCUGCAUUUUGCAAGGCACAGUGUUGGUAUUGUGAAUAAAAUGACCACCAGCAGCAAUAUUCUGUUGAAUUAAAAGGGUGAAAAGUCAACAUUUU